AUGUCGGCUCUAACAUGGAACGCUCUGAGAUUCGCGUUUCUUCUGCUGCUUUUUCACGUUGGCUUCCCCAUUGUACUCGCAUCUUCUCUCUUUGUCCUCCUCAAUUGGUUUCUUGCUCAGUCAGGGUUAGUACCAGUUGAGACACAAAUGCAGGAGUUGAACUUGGCACCUACUGAUAAAAGCAAUUAA